CUCCAUGAAUACCUACAAGGAAUGCAACUAAUUUCCUCAUCAGUAACUAUGCUAUAUCCUUGGAAUAUGCGACAGGCAUUUUUGAUUUCAUAGUUUGUUUUGUCCAGCAUGGCAAAGCAGUACGACGUUUUGCUCAGGUUGCUGGUUUUAGGAGAUUCCGGUGUUGGGAAAACGUGUUUGUUGUGCAGGUUCACGGAUAACGAGUUUAAUUCAUCGCAUAUCUCUACUAUUGGAGUGGAUUUCAAAAUGAGAACAUUACAAGUAGAUGGCAUUAAAGUACGAGUACAAAUAUGGGAUACUGCUGGCCAGGAACGAUACCAGACCAUCACCAGACAGUACUACAGACGGGCACAGGGAAUUAUCCUGGUGUAUGACAUCAGAAGUUCGAGCUCCUUUCAGCACAUUUUGAAGUGGGCUAGUGAUGUGGAUGAGUUCGCCCCUGACAAGGUGCAGAGGAUCCUGGUGGGGAACAAGGCUGAUGAGGAGCAGAUGAGGAAAGUUCCUAAAGAACAAGGAAGCAAGCUAGCAAAAACCUAUGGAAUGGAAUUCUUUGAGACAAGUGCCUGCACCAACUGCAACAUAAAUGAGUCAUUCAUCCGGUUGACACAGCUGGUUCUGCAGGCUCACAAGAAAGAGAUGGAUGCGUUCCAGGGUUCCACUAAUUUAUACCUAGACAUGACUUCUCUUUGGGGAGAGCAGGACAAACAGGACAGUGAUGCAAACUCCCCGAAGCCCUGCACAUGUUAGCCGAAGGGCAAAGCUCUCAACCUGGGGGUGUUUGGCUAGAAGAAUGCCCUUGGCCCUGUGACAUAAUGGACAUUGAAAUGUGAGAGUAUGUUCUGUGCUUACUGAAUAUUGCUGUUGCUUAUGCUCAGAUGAAUGCAUUAUCCUUUUUUGGCCUACUCACUGUUUUCUUCUUCAUUCAUAAUUUCAUAGUUACUUGGCUUUUUCAUGUUUAUUACCCUAUUCUGCAACACCUAAACUGAUGACACGCUGAGUUAAGUAGUCCACAUGUAAUAAGAACAUUUGCCAGCUGAGGGGCUGUUGUCUGCAAUACUCUGAAAGCUGCAACUCAGUUACUGGGUAUACUUAAGCCUUCUUCUGUAUAAUCUGAGGCUCUUGAGUGGUCCUUUUAUGAGGAUAGGGUGGGCAGAGGGCAAGGCUAAAUUAUUAAUACACAGAAAUGGAAUCCAAGCUAGCUGGAAGGGAUAAUUUACCUAUGGAAGACUAACCCUUUACUCAGACAAGCAUUAAUGCAAAAACUCAAUCUAAAACUGAAAUUAUGUUCAACUCAAUCUUUGAGUAUGUUGUGUGAAUUUCACUGCUAAUUCUAAGUGUUUUUUCCAGGUUGAAAAGCUGUAGCAAAUGCCACACUGGUGCGCACACUAUUAUAAAGGGCGUACACAAAGUGCGUACACUAUUAUAUAGCAUUAUAAAUGGCAUUUAGUGUCACUGAUUGCUAACUGUUUUGGUGAAGUUUUUUAAUAGCUGUGCUAGCUAUAAAAUGUAAUAUUUUGUGUGAAAAAUUAAA